AUGGAGUCCUGUAAUUUGGAGAACUUGAAUAUACAUGCCAGUGCGCGCGAGGUCGAAGACUAUCUUGAACGAUUGGAGAUUUGGUGUAUUACGCGGAAAGGACUCGAUGGAGAACGCAAAACGGCUUAUUUCCUAACGAUCAUCGGAAAGGAUGCCUACUCAUUGUUAGAGAAUUUGGCAUUUCCUGACUCUCCUAUAUUGUUGUCGUAUGAAUCCCUGAAAACCUUGCUGCUGAAGCAUCUACUGGCGGCUAAUUUCGAAGCUGCUGAACGAGCCAAAUUUCAAUCACUCACACGUGGUGGAAGCCAACCUGUACGUGACUUUAUUCCUCAAAUUCAGACUCAAGCAUCUCGUUGCAACUUCGGAGAUCAAUUGCACACCCAGUUACGUGAUCGAUUGAUUGCCGGUAUCAAUUGCCCGGAAUUACAGCAAAAGCUCAUGCUCAUGCACGAUUGCACAUUUCAGUUGGCUACGGCAGUUUGUGAACAGUACCAAGACGUCCGUGCCAUUAUUUGUGAUGAACCCAACUUGUUGUUCAAUGCCAGCGAUUCCAAACAGUCACCAUCCCUACGAAAGCAAUUUUUCGAAAAGGGCUCGAAAACACCAAGCAACAUCAGUUCUCCGGCCCACAAUGACACACGGAUUCAAAGAUGGAACAAGUGCAAUUCCUGUGGUCAAAGACAUUCGCGGUUAUCCUGUAGAUUUCGAAAUGCCAAGUGUCACAAUUGGGUACUUGAAUGUUCCAAGGCAAAGGGUGGUAUGAAAAUGACUCCUGUGAGUCUCGAAGUGACCGGUUCUCUGGUGUUUAUGAAACGUCGGAUAAUCCCAAUUGGACUUCGUGAGCCCGUAAAAAAGGCGUUAGAUGAAAUGUAUUACGCAUUGUUGAUCGUCGAUUCCUAUUCCCGUUGGCCAGAAGUGUACUUUACCACAACUCCCNGUGAAAUGACUUCCAUUGUCAGUUACGAUAGCAAAGGUGUCCCGCAUGCUAUCGUAACUGACAAUGGAAGUCAUUUCACUGCCAAGAAAGUUACUGAUGGGUUGAACUCCGUGAGUUGUCGGCAUGUUCUCACUCCACCCCGACAUCCGCAAUCCAAUGGCGCAGCCGAAAGCUUUGUACUCACGCUGAAGAGUGCCACUGCUUCUUUGAAUCUCAUUACAUUCGACAAACUGGACAGAGGCAUUGAUAACUUUCUGAUGCAAUACCGUAACGUAGUACAUUCAACUACGGGACACAGUCCAGCAAAGCUGUUUAAGAGUCGAGUACUUCGAACAAAUCUUCUACGCUUGGAGUCAGCGGAAGUCGUGUAUCAUGGUGGUAACGAUUUACGACCCUCCAGGGGCGUUGUACUGGAAAAUAUGGGACAAAGAGUAUACCGCAUAUUGGAUAUAGACGAUGGCACUGUACAUCGCAGACAUGAAGACCAAGUAAUUUGUAAUUUGCCCUAUCCUGAUACUAGUUGUGAACCUACUAAUCCUUUUAUUUCUGAGUCUUUUUCAGAGGAUUUACAUCCCAGUACAAAUGUAGAAAACAGUACAGAAGAACCCAGAAGAUCUGAACGAUUACUCAACAAAGCCCGCCGUGAUUACAUAAAACCCGAGCUUUAUUCAAGCUGCGGCGGAUGUGGUGAUUGCUCAUGA